AUGCAUCAAGAACUCGGGUACGACAUCGCUAACAUGUCCAUCUUUCCCACGCUCAAGCAGUCCAAUGAUGCCCAGUUGAGCAUCUAUUGCUCGAUUUCGCGUCGCCUCCGUCACCAAGGGAAACAACAACGCGAUAAGCGAGCAGGACUUUCGAGUGAUUUCCACCGCCAGUGGAGAGACCUCAGGCGAAUUCGGGCGACUUUUCCUACCUGUACCCAAACGCUUUAUCGGCUUAAGAGCAACAGCUUCCCAUUAUGGAAUUGGGCGGCGCAGAACCUGUCGUGUCCACAGUCGGAAUGUGUACGUGGUCAAUCAGCUACGGCAAGCCACGUCUUCUGGAGCUGCCCUGUGGCGCAACGGCAUUGGGAAAAAUUAUUUUCUCUAUGGCAGUGUAUUGGCAUGUUCGAAGAGACAGACAAGCACGUAUGGUCUUUGGCAUGGAGCUUCCGGGCUUUCCGAGCGCUGCUGAAAAGCUAA